CCACUUCAGGCUGUUCGCACCCUCCACGUGUUGCCCCGAAGGUGGUGUGUCUCUUACUCCAGCGUUAUUCAGUCGGGCAGUCUCAACCAAAGGAUGAUGCGAGCUCCACGGCUUCUCUCCGGUGCUUUAGCGUUGCAUCUCUUCCUUUUCAUACAUUCUGUGCCAGUGCCUGAAAGGAAGAACACCAACAGGUACAAAGCUACGGCGGGAUGGCUCCAGAAGUCCCAUCACUACACCCUGAAGAAGAAGGGCAAACCAGCCCACCCGCAGGACACACAGAAGGGCACGCCCUGGGUCAAGGGGGGCCCUGCGGUGACGUACCCGCAAAAGAACAGCACCGAGUUCUGGAACCGCCCCCGUUGUGGUGUCCCCGACUACCCGGUGAAUAAGAAGGCCAUGUAUGGCAAACGGCUGCGGCAGAAACGAUUCGUGCUGUUUGGAGGUCGCUGGGAGAAGACUGACCUCACCUACAAGAUUGAGCGCUUCCCCUGGCAGAUGAGUGAGGACAAGGUCCGUCGUGUCAUGAUGGAGGCCCUUCGUGUGUGGAGUGAUGUCACCCCACUCACUUUCACCGAGAUCAGGGAUGGGAAAGCCGACAUACUCAUCGACUUCACAAGGUACUGGCACGGGGACAAUCUGCCCUUUGAUGGCCCGGGGGGGAUUCUGGCUCACGCCUUCUUUCCAAGGACCCACCGGGCUGGAGACAUCCAUUUUGACUACGAUGAGGCCUGGACUAUUGGCAACAACAUGGGCACGGACCUUCUUCAGGUGGCAGCCCAUGAGUUUGGUCACGUCCUGGGCUUGCAGCACUCUUUGGUCCCUGGCGCAGUGAUGUCUCCCUUCUACAGCUUCUCCUACCCACUGGAGCUAAGCGAUGAUGACAAGCAGGGAAUCCAGUACCUGUACGGCCCCCGGAAGCCCAUUGUGCCACAUAUCAGCACCGAGACCAAUGAGAUCCCCAUCCCCAUGCCCAAUGCCUGCAACACAGACUUUGACGCGGUCUCCAUGAUCCGAGGGGAGCUUUUCUUCUUCAAGUCGCGCUAUGUGUGGCGCAUCCGGGACGGACAGCUGCAGGAGGGUUACCCAGCGCUGGCGUCCCGCCACUGGAGGGGCAUUCCCGACAACAUCGACGCCGCUUUUGAAGACAAAUCUGGGAAUAUCUGGUUCUUUCAAGACCAAAACUACUGGGUGUUUGAUGCGGAGAAGCAGAUCACAGGGCCAGAUUCAGUUCAGACGCUGGGUCUGCCUGUCUCCAACAUCCAAGCUGCACUCAUGUGGGGUGAGGAGAAGAGCCAGAAGAUCUACUUCUUCAAGUCUGGGAACUACUGGCGUUUCAACCCCCUGGAUAACAAGGUGGACACGGUGUACCCCCGAAACAUGCAACACUGGAGGGGCAUCCCUGACAGCAUUGAUGGCGCCUUCCAGGACCAAUAUGGCUUUGCCCACUUCCUCAGUGGAAAGCGUUACUGGAAGUUUGACCCUGUGGAAGUAAAGGCACUGGAUGGAUACCCUCGCUAUAUUGGAAUGGAUUUCUUUGGUUGUGGAGAGCCUUAAUCUUUGAUUAAGCCAUCACUGAUGUUGAAGAUCGGUGUCACACAAAACUGGCUGAGUGAAAUAUAUGCAACAGCUUCUUUCAUUUGUGUGAAUGAUUGACACAGAUUCUAUCCACUUGGCUAAAUGCAACGUCCUGUGAAUUUCAAGCAAUAUUGUCUAAGGAUCUCCACUGUUGAUUUGUAUCUUUUGGCUGCCCCAUGCUUUCAUUCUGCAAACCCUUUUCUAAACUCAUUCGCUAGCAGACACAACAUUCAAAUAACAGACACUCUCACUUUAGAUUGAUUGAAAUACAUUUUUUAAUUCAAACGUAGACAUUAAUUAUCAACUUGUUUUGCAAGUUAGAAACUUAUUAAUGGUACAUGUGUUAAUUUUAAUUGCGUGUCUAUAUUUCUUCCAACUUUAUUUCUCUUGGCUUUACUCUGGACAAACUAUCUGGACAUUACAGAACUAAUAAUUUCUCAGGAAAAAAAAAUGCACAUUUGCAUAUGCAAUUUUCAACUCAGUCUUUGGACAUUCUGUGCAGCUAUAUUCUUAUUUAUUUGUGUUCAUCAUGGUUAUAUUUUAGUGACUGGAACAGCAGUGCAUCUAAAUCUGCAUCAUCGAUGACUGCAAAGGAUGCACUCAGGCGAUAAGGUUCCUUUGAGGAGGACUAAUUCUUUCAAGAACAAAAACAUUGUAGUAAAUGUAUAUAUUUUCAUUUUUCCUUUAUUUGGAAUGUCCGUUGUAAUCAUUGGGCCUUUCCAUCACUGUCCAAUGUUUUCUUUGGGAGAGCAUAGACAAGCACACAUCUCCAGGGUGCAAGCCACCAGUUGCUGCUGCUUUUCAUUUUGAGGUCAGUUAGAGUAGAUGGAGGUAGGCAGUCAUUGCUUUGAAGCAGUACACUUCAUUCACAGCUCGUACAGGGAGAUAGCAGGUGCCCAAACUACCAGUUGAUCUUGCAUUAUGAGAGGCGAAGAAUCAUUGUGAUUGAAACCCUACCUCCUUCAGCGAUGUCCUUUCUGUAUGUCUGGCCAGUUAACAGAAGUUCCUAAACUGGGUACAAACUGGGUACAAAUCCUGUCCAUACGAGUACCGACUAUGGCCACUCGUAUGGACAGGAUUUGAAACCACAGGAUGGAGAAAACUGCUACGUUGUUAAUGUGCGCUUUAACAGGAUGCACCCCGGGCAGCCCUUUGAAAAUUAAACACUUUUGUGUCCAGUUUAAGCACUUGUAUUUAAUUGGCCAGACAUUCAGUGUGAAGUUACACAACUUGCCAAAGUGUUUCCCAAGGAAGGAGGGAUGAUUUCAGUCUGCAUAACAGCUUAUCACUCAGCAGGGCCUUCUCAGGCUGAUCAAACCAGCGGCUCAGCCUUGUGGCACAGAAUGGCACAUUACAGAGUGAAAAAAGAAGUGUUCAGUCAGCUGUGUAGUGUGUACAUUUCAGAAGACCUGUGUGAUAGAGAGCAACCUUCCCAAAUUGACUGAGAAUGCUGCUGUGAUGGUAUGGCCCUACAUCUGCAACUGGGCAUUCCAAACUGUGGUGAAAAUGCCAGAGUAUACACAUUAACUCUUUGAAGAAUUACAAUGAAGAUAUCCCAGCAUACCUUUGGUUGUUUCAUUCCUUAAAAUACAACUACAAAUGUAGCAGCACAAACUUGUACUCAUAGCUACAAUAGGGCACACUUUUUUCUGGACUAUUGUUGUAAGCGGCUUAACAAUUUGGUGCUUUUUAGAUAAAGCACCUAACAAACAUAGGUGCUAAAACACAUGAUACUCACACAAUUAAAAACUGUUCUUGUCCCUUUUUUGUUUUGGUCUAAAUAUAACAUUUGCAUUUCUCAUUUUUAUUGAAAUUUCUAACUGACUGAUCCAGCAUACUGGGCAUCAAUGCACUAAUAUAUACAGUACACAGAUCAAUUAUACUCUACCUUUAUGUCCAGAUCUAAGAUUGGGAACAACUGAAACCGUGCAUUUAAAAUCCUCAGGAACAUGGCUUUAAGUCAGCAUGAAUUAAAUGUACAUGUGUCCAUUCCUCAUGGUGCUUUCCAUUGGUGUUUAAUGUUCAAGACAAGUGAGAACCUAAUUUCUGAUGAGAAUUUGUGAUCAUUGUUUAUAUAUAUAUAUGUCUAUAUGUGUGUGUAUGUGUGUGUGUGAUGUGU